CCGGAGCCGAGGAGAAGGGCAGGAGACCGGAGGGUAACACUCAGCUCUGCACAAAUGAGUUGUGAAUGUUGCUGCAACAAAUAUGACUUGGCACUUGAUGGCAGCUGAAGCCCCACAAAACAUGAUCUUUCGUGUCAUCGAGGCAGACCGUGUUAGAAAAUUAAAACUCAGCUCCCGUCCAGCCUCUGUUGAUGCAGUGAUUGAGAUUUUAAAAGAACAACUGGAAUUGGACUGUGACUUCAGUUUGCAAUACAAAGAUCCAGACUUUGAUGGAAAACUCACUUGCCUUGUUGACAUCGAGGAGUUACCACAAAAAGCCUGUGUUCAUAUUUCAGUUAGACAGGAUUCCAGUUCUCUUGCAUCAACUGAUACCCUUUCAGAUGUGUCAUCCCCAGAAUGUCUGACCAGAUGGCCUCCAGGUCCUUUACAAAUUCCCACAUUUGCAUUUGACGUUGAGCUGACACUUAGAGAUGGGAAUGCUGAAUUUGAAAAGAAUGAGAGACCUCUUCAGUUGUCAAGGGACCAAAAGCACAAUAUUUUAGACAAACUGGCAUCUACCAUAUAUGGUUUUAAGGCUUACCCCAGUGAUAAAGAGAUAGCAAUGGUGGCUGAAGCUCUUGUGAGGAAACACCCCUGUUUAAUAGAGGCAGGAUCUGACAAUGGAUGGGAUGGCUGGAAGAACAGCAUCAAGUUUAAAAUGGGCAACUACAGGACCAAGAUGAGAAGGGCUGGAUGUCAGGAGGUCGCUGUAAAUGCUGGGAAAAGAAGCCGAAAAAACCCUGAGAAUGAACCUUCACACUCCAACAUCAAAAGGCCUAAGUGUGCAGAGGUCAACUUUCUGCCUAACUUUCCUCAAGGAGAGGAUCCCUCAAGCCUUGACCUUUUGAGGCAGGCUAUUGUCGAGGAAGUAAAGAAGACUGAGAGAAACCUACCCCUUAUUAGUAAGAUGAUGCAGAACACGUUUGCCUUGCGACGACAGACUAUUGUAAUGUCCUGCCCACCGGUGAAAGAGCUAAUGGACCUCUGGCCUGCUCUUCAUAUGCAGUCUGAGGUAUAUGUAGAGUUCCAACGGAUAACUAACCAGAACCUACCUAACACUUUCUAUGCCGAGCUUGAUCGUCACACUCCUCGUUUGAUGGCCUUAUUUAGACAGAAAGCUUCCAAAACUGAAAAGACUGCAGAUGCGUUGGCAAACAUUUUCAAAGUCCAUGAUACACAGGAAUUACAUGAUGUCCACACAAGGCGUACCACUGUUCUCCAUGCCCUUCCUGAUUAUCUACUAGAGGAAGUCUCUGGAUUUUUCAGAACAUGUGUGGAUGAUAUGGAUGAGCCAGACCUGUGGGAUGCAUCAGUGGUCCUCCUUACAACAGUCAGUGAUGAUGCCACAAGCCCAGUUCACUACCACCCAGUGAGAGUCUCUGUCGUCCUAGAGGGUGAUGUGGUUGUCAAUCUCCCCAGGCUUGCUGAUGCCUUCCUGGUAAUGUUCGGCCUGAUUUAUGCACUACAUCUCAGCUAUCCCAAGGGACUGACAAACACUUUUGAGUUCACACAGAAAAUCUUGCUUGGUCUUGAUGACUCUAAACUGUCACCCAAGCUGCAGACUCUUAAAAAUGAGCUGAUGUUGUAUGUGUAACUGAAGAUCCAAAAAGGAGUGGUGGAUUCUGAUGGCUCACUCUGUUAGAGCAUAAUCCAUAAUGAGAAUAUGUCAUGUCAGGUCCAUGUUGAAUACUGUUCAACUGUUUAUGUUAAAGUUGCUGCUCUACUCAACUGGUUUUCAGCCAAAUGGCACAAAGUACACACUGUCUUUGUACGUUUUAAUGUACAUUUUAUUGUUGUUAAAACUGAAAUUCAGGGUUGAAUUAAGUGUUUAUAUAUGGAGGAUAUUUUUAUUCAUAAUUCAAAUUGAAAGGCCAAAGGGAAAACGAAGCGAGAUCAAAUUAAAAAUAUUAUUAUUUUACUACACUACUAGGAAAAAUCAUGCCAUAAUUAAAUUUAAAAAGUCAAAUUUAAAAUGCAAAGCUUCAACUGUCAGCUGGAAGUCGUUUCAGACCCUCCCACCAGCCGUUGGGCCAUGCCUCCUCAUUUAAAUUGACACCUGUCACUUCUAAAUGAAAAGCUUAAAUCAAAAUGUAAAAGGUGAAUCUGAAAAUGUCAAUGUCAAAUGUAAAACGUAAAAUUCAAAAGAUAAAAUGUCAAAUUGAAAAUUAUAAAGGGGAAAGGCUAAAAUAAAACUAUUAUAUUUUAGAUUUUAAUUGAAGUAUUUCCAUUUUAAGCUUUUACAUCAUACAUUUAAUUAUGGCAUGAUUUUUCCUAGUAGCGUAGUAAAAUAAUACUAUUAAUUUGAUCUUGCUUUGUUUUCUCUUUGGACUUUCAAUUUGAAUCAUGAAUAAAUAUAUCCUCCAUAUUUAUACACUAUGUCAUUUUGUUUUUAAAAGGUGUACUAUAUAGCUUUGGGAAGUACAUUUUUAUCAGAAAGGAAAGCUCUUCAUUGAUACAUUUUCAUAAAUAAAUAAACUGUCCUCAAAGUUUCAGGCUACUUUACUUUAGUAACCUUUCUAGUUGGAAACAGUGUUAUAGGGACUUUAUUUUCUUCUGAGGAUGGGAUGUUUAUUCAGUUAUGGAAAUGUUUAAAUCAUUUUUAUUGUCUUAUUAAUAUUGUUAAUUUUGCUUUUCGAGUUUGAAUUAAUUUUCUAAAACUAUACAGUGCACCCUGAAGUUGCUAGAUUUGAACCAGAUAGCCAAAGGAAGGCUAAACACUGCCUUUGUACAUGUUAAUGUACCGUUUUGAAAUUUUAGCAGUUUUAGUUGUGAAGAAUUUACAAGCAAUUUGUUUAUACAUUGCUGCACUGCAAGUUUACAACCAGAUGGCCAAAAGUGUGCCUUUGUAAUUGUUUAUUUAAUUCUCUUUUUAAUUCUUAAUUAUUUGUAUUACUAUUAUUGUUAUAUUACUAUUAUUAUUAAAUAGAUCGUUUCAUUUUGUGCUAAAAGGCACAGGUGUGGGCAAAUUAUCUUUCUAAACAAAUGUUUGGUCACCACCCAAGACUUGCUGAUGCCCUCCUGGUAAUGUUGUAUUAUCAUUAUAUCACAAAUAGCUUAUAAACUGUUAUUUUCUUAAUGUAAUUUUAGCUUUUCUGAGUUUGAAUAUGUUCUACUAUUACAUAGUUCAUCUUAAAGUAUAAACAAAAUGCCCAGAAGUAGACUUGUUAAUUGUUAUUUUUUUAUUUUUGUUUUUUUAUUUCAUAUUUUUUUGCUAAAAGACUGGGCAAGAAAAGUUUCUACUAAACAUCGGAAUAGAUGAUGUUUUUUUGUUUGGCCUUUAAGUCAAGAGUACUUAUUAUUUUUAAGGCAAUCAGUUGCCACAAAUAUUUUAAGUUUGGUGGUAAAUGAUUUUGAGUUGUAACAAGUCUAUGUUUUUGAGUUAUGGGUAAUCAGAAGAUAGAUUGAAAAAACGAAUAAAUGUUAAGUUAACUCAGGAUAUUUAUGUUUCAUUUUCAUGCUUGAAAUUAUUAAGUUCUCUUGAGAUAUUGCAAUGAGAAAGAUGAAUAAAUAUUCUGAGUAGCAUAAACUGAAAAUGUUUGAGUUGGCUUAAUCAGUAAAUUUAAUAUGAAC